GUGCACGCAAAAGACAUGAACGGCUUUUAUUAGAGGAAAAAUACCACACAUAUCCCCAUGGCUUUAUUUCAAGCACGGGUGAACACCUGGCUAAAACCACCCAAGCUUUCCGCAAGCAAGCUGUAGAGAUUUUUUUGUACACCAAAAGUAGGUGAUUAAAGACAGUAACGUCAUCCACUUUGUCAUGGACCCAACCCAGCUUACCUGUAUUCAUGGGAAGAACGUACGGUUCCAGCAGAAUGAAAUAAUGGCAAUAUAAUGGCAAGAAAAUGAGACGAACGCGUAACAGCACUGAUGUUUAAAAUGGAAGUGCUAAAAUCAAUAUACUUAUAGUAUACGUUAUGCUAUAAAUGAUCUGUUUAGUUAUUUUCUUACAGUCUUCGUUUCAGAGAAUACCAUUCGCAAGAAUUAAGUGUUUGAAAUACAAUUUAAAUUUUUAUCUCUACUAUGCUAAUCAUGCGUUUUAUGUUGUUGUUUUUUUUCACUAAUUUGAAACAAAACAAAAAAAAAAACGCAUCGCAAUGAAUACGUGUGAAAUUCACAUUCUUCUCUUUUUAUUCCAGCAAGAAACAGCAUUGAGGAGAGGAAAACGAUUGCUUUGAAACUGUGAAAAGUUCAAAACAACGUCUGCUAGUUGUUGACUUGGAAAAUAAAACAAAUUUUCGUUUCCGCAUUUUCCGCUAAAGAGAUGUUUUGGUGGAUUUUCAGUUAUCAAAGAUUUAAAAUGUGUCAAUGAAACCAUGCAAUUAUGCAAAAAUGUUACACGAAGACGACUGUUCCAAGGCGUUUGAGGCGGUGCUAGCCCAAAGUGGGAAAUUUGGGCAUUACCAGCGCCGUCUGUACGCGAUUGUCAGUGCAAUGCAUGUGGUCUGUACAUCCAUUCUGACGUACAUGAAAUUCAUUCCAAAUCUGGAACUGAAACAGGAAUGCACAGAAAUUAUAGUAUCAGACGGCAAUUCGAGUUUCUUGUUUCUUCGCUUCAACGAGACUGCGACAUAUCCGGUCACAUGUCGUACUUAUUACGACAAUGACAAUGGACUGGAACUCGACUGGAAAUUCCCCGAGUGGGCAUACCCUGGGUUUGAGCCAGAUGUAAGAACUGCAAUUCACUACUCGCAAUGUAUUGGUCUCGCCGUUGGAUUCGUUCUGGGUUCGAUCCUCUCAGAUCUUCUAGGCCGGCGACGCGUGAUGUACGCAUUCUUUACGUUGUUAUGCAUUGCCCAGUGUUCUUGUGGUGCAGCUCAAUCUUGGAAAUUCUUUCUCGUCUGCCGGGGAGUCGUUGGUUUUGGAGCGGGAAGUUUCAUCGUGACAAGCCUGGUUCUCGUUCUAGAGUACGUCGGGCAUGACUGGCGAGAUAUAUGUAUAUGUCUGGUUCCCUGGUGGUUUGGACCCAGUCUGCUGUCAUUGGAAGCGUUGGUCACUCGCCAUUGGCGAUACCUGGCCCUGUUCUCCGGACUUGCAGGAGGACCGCUUAUUGGCUCGUAUUUUUUAGUUUUGGAGAGUUCGAGGUGGCUGCUGUGCCACCACAGGUUCUCGCAGGCUGAGCAGACGAUUAAAGAGGUGGUCGCGUGCAAUUGUCGACCUGUUCCGGAACUUACGACAUUGUUCGAUAUUUCCAGAACUUGUAUUUUAAACACUAUGCACAAAAAGACUUUCACGUAUCUGGAUUUGUUUACAACUGGUAGACUACGAAGGGGAACAUUUGCUGUGAUAUUUACGUGGUUUUUGGGAUCUACGGCAUACUGCGGACUAUUCCGAGAUAUACGCCAGCUCACCUCCAACCCCUACCUCAACAAUUUUAUUUUGUACAAUACGGACGCUGUUGUCAUUGUGUGCGCCGUUCUCAUCAAUAAAUGUUUAGGUCGACGUUGGUGUUUGUUCCUAUACGCAAUGUCGUCUGGUCUUGUCUCGCUGUGUAUUCUCGUUCUCCACGUGAGCAACGAGACUAUAGACAUGAGUAUGAUCAACUCCUUGGGAUUUUUCACAAAAAUGGGCGUCACGACAACGCUGACAAUCAUCAAUUUGGUAACCAUGGAAACAUACCCUACUGUUAUCAGAACAAUGGGAUUAUGCAUCGGCUUUUUAGCAGGACUGGCGGGCUAUAUUCUAGCUGACAAAGUUAUAGUGUACUUGGUACCAUUCCACUACACAAUACCGUUUCUUGUGUACGGCGGCAUGAUGUGCGUUCUGGCUCUUGGGGUUCUUUUCUUCCCAGAAACCAUCAGAAAACCACUUCCGGAUAUCCUUCGAUGUCGUCAUAGAAACUUGUGUGCCCGCGAACCUGUGAGGCUUUCGCAUCCCAUUUCGCACAGCUGGUUCACUUGAUAACUGGUUCACUUGAUAAUACAUUCCAUAGAUAGGGCGAUCUAUUUUCUUGUCUGGGAUUCAGAUUUGUAAAUUUGGGAGCAGAUGAAGAAUUCAAUUCCGCGAAGGAAGGUUUGUAGCCGAGGACACGUGAAAAGUGCCUUUGUAGCAUACAUUUACAAGUGCCUUCAUAUCUGAGUAACUAUAAUAAACUUGUGGACCAUAGCACUGUUGUUACCAAUUUCGUCAACCUUACCCUACAUGGAUCACAUACCGGUGUGGUGUUUUAUUUCAACAAGACAUGUACAAUAUGUAUUUGGAUGUUAAUGAAUAUUGGACGAAAGGGCAUGAAUAAACAUAUCGACAUUAAUCGCCUUCGUUUGAUAUAAUCUAAAGGAAAUCGAUUUAUAUUUUAUAGAAGACGAAAUUGUAUCUCUCUGAACGAUGUACUACAGGAAAUUUCAGUAGGCCUACAACUAAGGCACUGUUUUUUUCAAAACUACUGUUAUUCAGUCUUCCAAUGUAGCCAUUAAAGGUGUGAAAAUUACUUUAACCUUUAGCCUGCUAAAUUUCUAAGAUGGAUUAAUUUGGGCAGUACCACUUAUUCAACGGGAUGUUCACUGAACAUUUACUGACUUAGUAGCAACAGUGCAGACAGUGAUCAGCCUGCACGGGUGCGAUCUUGGUCUGCACUGGUCGCAAAGGUAAAAUCACUUGCCGCCAGCAGGCUGAAGGUUAAGGUAGAGCAUAUGGUUUUAAGCUAUGAAAUUUAUUCCAUAAAACUUGCAUUGGUUUGUACCUUAUGUUUUGUAUUUAGGGAGUCUAUAUGGACCUAUACAGUUCUGGUGGUCUACUGAUAAAACAAAUCUGGCCCAUAGUCCUUAUGACUUACAAAGAAAUAGGUAACUAAAGCGGUAAC